AAUAGGCAAGGCAUCUUCACACUGCUGAAAAAUACUAAAAAUAUCAGACAUAUAAAAUGUAAUUAAACAUUUUUCUUUAAUAAUAAAGCAAAAAUGGAACAUGACUACGCUUCUUCACAUUACUCUUUCAAAACAGAAGGUUGCAUGAUUGCAGUUAGAUGACUCAAUAAAUCCAUUUUCUACUGCAAAUCUGUUUAUUUUUCCUCUGGUCUAUAAGCUACGGGUGAAGCGGUGCAGGCUACGCCUAGAGAGGGUGUUCUGGACAUGCAUCUUGCAUAACUGGACUCAUCAACUCAUUGUAAUGACAAUAAAGUGCUCAAAUUUGCUGUUUUCACCCGGUUACUCCCCCACUGUAGCCAGUCGGAGCUUUGCUCUGCAGCAGGGACAGGCUGUGGAUGCGGAGCUGCAAGAAUUCUGGAGAAGUGGCCGGUGUUAUUCAUAUACACAAGUAGACAGUGAUGUAGAUACUGAAAAUUUGAAAGAGACACAGGAACACAAGACACGCAAAGGAACCCAACAAAAUGGCAAGCGAUAAUGUUGGGUAACUGUGCCGUACGUUUAAGAAGAACCUCGUUGCUGCUCCAGAGAAAAAGCAUAUAGCGUACUUUUUGAAAUUGACAAAGUCCGCUUGGUCUGAUUGUCCUGCUUUACACAGCAUUGUAUAUUGCCUGAUGGCAAUUUUGUUAUUGACUAGAACUGAGAUAAUCAGUGGUGACUGCAAGGAGUUAGUUCACAGAGAAGGAACAUUCAGAUAACGGUUAAUGUAAGAAAAGCUGAUCGUGGCAGUUGCUGGCAGACUCACCAAGCUGAUGUUGCUUCUGAGAGAUCUGAUGGACCCUGAGACAGUUGCGUAAAAAUAGUCUUUUGCAGUGUCUGGCAAUAAUUUGGCCUAAUAUGGUCAUCAGAGAUGUCAUGCUUAAGUUCUACCUAAAUUAACAGUCUUCAUUACAUCAUCACUGUGACACCAUGGCUUGACAGUCCACUCAGAAUCGCAGAUUCAGAAUUAGAGUAGAUAACUUUUGUUACUCCCACAGUGGGGAAAUUCCCUUACUUCACUUUUGUAUAGGCUCGCUGAGCAUAACUUAAUUUCCAGACCCUUUUAAAAGUUGUUUUUUGUCAUCAUAGAUUGAGUGAACAAAAUGAAGAAACAAGACAAGAUUUGACACAGUGGAAACAAAUAUUUGUGGUGCAGGAUCACACUGUAGACUCACUUCAGUUGGGACUCCACUUCACCAGAUCCAGCCAAACAAGCACAGCUGGGCGGAGCUUUAAAAAAAAAAAAAAAAAAAAGCACACCCUACCCCCUUCUCUCUUUCCAGUCGACCAAUCACCACCUUGAUCACUACAGCUGACCCCCCUCUUCCCCAGCCAAUGAGUUGAGAGAAAGCACUGCCCCCCCCUUCUGUGAGCUUUAUUGCUGAGUGGGCAAAGCACGCCUUGCUCUAACAGCUGAGAGGAAACCACAGGAAGCAAAAAGAGUGAGAGGGAAGGAGGCUAUGAAAGGUUUGAGAGGAGGGGCUUCAGAGCUGAUUAGGGGGAGGACGAGGGGACGCCAACAUGUGAAGCAGCUUUUGUAUUCCAGAUAUUUUGGAGGGGUGCAAAUUGGAGAAAGGAGGAGGCCGGGAGGGAGUUUGGAGAGAAAAGAUCGGCUGGGUGGUUCAAGUUGCUCAAGACUGACUGAUUUGUGUCUGUACGAGUGAAAAGCGAGACCCAAAUACAGAGAGGCAAGUGGACACGGAAAGCCAGCAAAACAUCUUGACAUGUCUGCUGUCUUUCUCCACGCUAACAGCUGGAAGUAGGAGACAGGGAGUUAGACAGAUAGGGCAGCCUGACCCAAAGGAACGAACACUAGAGAAAGAAAUGAGGCAGUCUUCCUGAAUGGAGAUUCUGGUUGGAAUGACCUGUCAUGAUGUCACAGUCACUUAGCGUCUGGCGCUCAGGUGACCAUUGUAGGUGUGCAGGGCUAACGGUCAGUCACAGAUGGACAAGAGCCACCUCGAGGUCAUCAGGGGAGUUUGUUCUCUGGAGUUCUCUGCAAUACUGACUUUUCAGCUGCUGGUCGUUUCAGGUCUCCUGCCAUCCAGAAGCUUUCCUGAAAUCUUUCCCUGGGAUGUUGUGGACGUUCCCUGGCAGAUGCCACAGAUAUCCAUGUUGUUGUUGUUGUUUCUUGGGCCAAUCCUCACACACCUUCCAGAUGUUGUAUCACAUGUGUCGGGUUCCGGCCGGCAGGAUUAGUCCAGGACUGGCACAGAGGAGCUGUGAGCUUUUUAACUCGGCAUCCAGGGAGGCACAACGCUGAUUCCUGACUGUGAGGACAAACUUGUUUCACUCGUUUCUUCGAUACCUCCUGUCGAAGAUGCGGCACAUACACGUGGAGUUGGCCCACAAGAAGGCUCCUCUGGAGCUCCCAGCCCAUGAGGGUGACCUGCCUCCACCGUCAGCGCGGACUCAGGUACCGGAGCCCGGGGCCCACCCUGGUACACCAGGACACUAUGGACAGGAAGAUCUCCAUCUUCAGAAAGUCUAUCAGCUCUCCAUUUUCUCUCAGCUGGGGGGGUUCACUACCUCCACAGAAUCCCACAUUGAUGCCCAGCAAAGGCCAAUCAGAGUUGGGAUUAAGAGGGGCCUGGAGGAGACCCACCAGCAGUCUCACAAGCGUCCCCACCUGGGGGAUGCUGGGGAUUGUUUGGAGAGCGGAGUCUUGGGUGGACCUCCUGGGUCAGGAGUCGGGAUGAUCGACCUUAGAGACAGCGAGGGGGGGGUGUCACCUAAAUCUCCUCCACUCUCUCCGAACCACACUCCAUCCCGUCGCCCAGCACAGCACAAUCAUGACAGGCCAGUUCCAGAUGCUUUCACGCCACUCUCACCCAAAUCCUCCCCUAUGUGUGAUCUCCAUCAUUGUGACCAUUCUCAGAACAAUGGGAGCCGCACACCCACCUACUCACUCGGAGGCCCUGGAAUGGAUACCUGCAAUAAUGGCACAUGUGGCGGCCAACCCACCCCCCACUUAUAUGAGAUGUCCACUUACGAAACACCAAACCCCGCCAGUCCCACCAGCCCCCCAGGACCCUUCUCCCCACCACACCACACAGAACUGCUGGAGCCUGGAGAGGCCACAGAAUGGGGAGUGGGACUUGAAUCUUCUCCCCCGGAGCGCAGUGCCACCCAGACAGUCUCCUCCUCCAAAGGUCUGGCCUCCUGGGAGAAGACCCCCAGCAGUAAUGGUCAUCGCCUCACCGCUGGGGCUCAUUGGUCCGUUAAAAAGAGACUGUUGUCCCCAAGUGAAACAGCAGAGUCGUGUUCUGAGGACGAGGGGCCUUCCACCUCGAAGCGGAGCCGGUUGUCGAUGCUGGACUCAGGACUGGGACCCACCUCAUGUCGCAGCACGGACUCCAAAGCCGCCCCCUACUGGAACCACCUUCUGCCGUCGGUGUGGGACCGACCCAAGACGGCUACUGACUGCAUUCGUACAGGGAAGCGGCUGAAGAAGGUGAUCAGGCUGAAAAGUCGCCGGCUGCGCAGCGGCAGACAUACGGACUGCAGGUCCUCACCCCAAUCAGACUGGCCCUCGUCGUCCAUCAGUAGAUCACUUCUAGGAAACUUUGAGGAGUCCAUACUGAAGGGCCGCUUCACGCCAUCAGGUCGUAUUGAAGGUUUCACAGCAGAGAUUGGUGCCAGCGGCUCCUACUGCCCUCAACAUGUCACAUUACCAGUGCAGGUUACAUACUAUGACAUUUCUGAGCACAGUGCCCCCGCGCCCUUCCUGGGCGUGGUCUCUCUGGAGCCUCUUGGAAAAAAAGGCUACAGCGUACCCAAAGCAGGGACCAUUCAAGUGACCUUAUUCAAUCCCAACAAAACUGUGGUGAAAAUGUUCCUGGUGACCUACAACUUCAGCGACAUGCCAGUCAAUCACAUGACCUUCCUGCGUCACCGCAUCUUCCUGCUGCCGGUGGAGGACGCGGCGGAGGCGGGCGGCGCUGCGACCCCAGGCAGUAAAGUGUCAGACAGGAAGAAGAUCCUCUGCUACCUGAUACAUUUGAGAUUCCAGAGUUCCAAAUCUGGUAAAAUCUACUUGCACAACGAUAUCCGGCUGCUAUUCUCCCGCAAAUCCAUUGAAGUGGACACAGGGAUUCCUUAUGAGCUUAAAUCUUUCACCGAGGUGCCAAGAAACCCCAAGUACUCGUCUCGCCUGUAACCUUUGCUCCUACAAAACAACUGAAGAUCCCAGGGUCCUCCAGAGCUUUCAGAAGAGGAGCAAGGACUGCAGCUGGACUCUAACAGUCAACAGACAACACGUGGAAUACCUUUUCUUUUCUUUUUUUUUUUUUUUUUUUUUAAUCGUAAGCACCAAGUGUAGAAGCUUCUGGGCAAUCAAAAGUGGACUUGAAAACUUAUGUACAAACAUACAAACACACUGUCACACAGACACACACACAACACCGGACUCUGGACUACACACCACAGCUGGAACACAAGUGUUCAGUGUAAACAUGCAUGCCUUGUGACUUAACACCUGAGUUUUCCUCCAGUGUCAUCACACUGCCCUUCACUCUGCCGGCAGCGCCCUCUAGCGGUGAUCCUAUCCUCCAUUGGGAUUAAAAAAAAAAAAAGAAAGAAAGAAAAUGCCAAAUAAAAUCUGUCACCAACCAAACACCUGGGAGAUCAAUGUCGUAACUGAGUCAAAUGUGUGGACCGAAUGAUAAAUGUAUAGUUAUAUUCCUAUAAUCCCUUCACAAACUCUUUUGGAAAAACAUUCAAGCUGGGCUGUCUCAGACUGAGGGACACUGUGGUGUUUCAUUUUUUUUUUU